GUGUGGCUAUCUCACAGUUUAAGAGACUGCAAACUGUAUGUCUUCAUUCUGUUGAGUUGGAAAAGGAAUUUGUCUGCAAGCUUGGGAGGAGACAGUUAAUACUCAGGCUAUGAAGGAUUACGAUGAGUCCACUGCUUUUCUGGGUCAGUGGGGACGUUUCCAGCAGGUUGUCUUCUUCCUGCUCUGUGCCAGCAUCGUGCCCAAUGGAGUUGGCGUUUUCUCUGUUGUCUUUCUGACAGACAUUCCCAGACACCACUGCCUGAUUCCUGAGGAAAACCUGACUCAAGAUUGGCGCGAUGCAAUAAUCCCGAUAGAGGUGGUGAAUGGGAAACAGGAGCAGAGCAGGUGCAGCAGGUACAGGCUGGAUGUUGUCAGAAACCUCUCUGCUCAGGGCUUCAUUCCUGGCAGGGACGUCAACCUCACCGAACUGGAACAGGAGGGCUGUGUGGACGGGUGGAGCUACAGCAAAGACAUCUACCAGUCUACCGUAGUCUCUGAGUUUGACCUGGUGUGCAGUGAACAGUGGAAGCAACCGUUCACCUCCACAGCUUGCUUCCUGGGAAUUCUUGUUGGAUCCUUCAUCUCAGGACAGCUCUCAGACAGGUUUGGAAGAAAGCCUGUUUUCUUCGCCACCAUGGCAGUUCAGACAAUUUUUUCCUUCUGUCAAGCUUUUUCACCUUCUUGGACGGUUUUCACCAUCCUCAUUUUCUUCAAUGGUUUGGGACAGAUAUCCAACUAUGUAUCUGGUUUUGUUUUGGGCACUGAGAUCUUGACUGGCGAUGUUCGGCUCAUAUUCUCAUCUAUGGGUGUGUGUCUGGGCUUUGCCAUUGGCUACAUGAUUCUGCCUCUCAUAGCUUUUUGUUUAAGGGACUGGAAAUCUCUCUCUCUAGCUAUCUCUCUACCUGGCGUGCUCUACAUCCCUCUCUGGUGGUUAAUCCCGGAGUCUCCUCGCUGGCUGCUCUCUCAGGGAAGAGUGGAGGAGGCCGAGGCCAUAGUGAGAAAGGCGGCUAAGACAAACAGAGUUGAGGCUCCAACGGUCAUCUUUAAAGAUUACAGGGCACAUGAUGAUGACAUGCACCCUCAGGAACACCUCAAUGUUAUCAGCCUGGUGAAGACACAAAGCGUCAGAAGCACAACUGUCAUUCUCUGCCUGGUGUGGUUCUCUUUGAGUAUUGGGUACUUUGGCCUGUCCCUGAACACAUCCCGGCUUCAUGCUAACCCCUACAUCAGCUGCUUCAUCUCAGCAGCUGUAGAGGUACCAGCCUACAUGUUCUGCUGGCUGACACUGAAAUACUUCCCACGCCGACUCUCUGUCAUCUGUAUCUUACUCCUUGGUGGAGUGUCACUGUAUCUCAUUCAACUGGUGCCUGAAACUUUAUCAGAGCUGGCUGUCGCUCUGGAGAUGCUGGGUAAACUUGUUAUCACCAACGGAACAUCCCUGAUGUACGCCUACACUGCAGAGCUUUACCCAACAGUGCUCAGGAACACAGCGGAAGGCGUUUGCAUUACUGUUUCAAGAAUAGGAAGCUGCCUUGCUCCUUUUUUGUUACAGCUGAGGGAAUCUUUUGAGUACCUGCCUUAUAUCAUACUGGGGACUCUGGCUGUUGUUUCCGCCUUUGCAGCUUUUUUCCUGCCAGAGAGUUUUGGAAAACCUCUACCUCAAUCUAUUCAGCAAAUGCAAAAGAGAGAAAGCAUGAAGUGCCCAUGCAUCACAAGAAAAGAACAUUUGAAACCUGUGGUGCAUUUGGAAAGUAGACUCUGAUUGUCAAACAUGAAUGAGUUAUUCAUAAGUAUUAUACUACUGUAUACGGUUCUGAUAACACUGUUGUUUAUAAUGCCUUACGAACAUAAUUUUAAUAGUUUGAAGGCUUUUAUCACAAUUACAAGCGCUCACAAAUAUUCAGAUUGCUUUAUCUGGAGGUGAAAUGUUUACAGUGUAGUAUGUGCAAUCGAGAAGGUUAAAUAGGGAAAGUGCAUUAUGUGUAAAUAGGUAUGGACACAAUAGGGAUAUGUGCAAUUUUACGGACACUGUGCAUAGGUGCAAUAGGGAAAGUACAAUAUUAAUUUGUGUAUGAAUACAGUAGGGAAGGUGCAAUAUUUGAUUAAUGUAUAAAUACAAUAGGGAAAAGUACAAUAUUUGAUUAUGUAUAAAUGCAAUAGGGAAAGUGAAAAUGGAUUGUGUAUGUGCAAUAGGGAUAUGUGCAAAAGGGACAGUGCUGUACCUAUAUGUUUCUUGUUUGUUUCUUUGCCAGGUGAUAUGUGAUCUCUGUUCUGUAUCUAUGAUUGAUUGACCUGAAUGUUUUAUGUUUAUUAUCUCGAUGCCCAAGACACAUUUCUCCUAAGGGAGACAAUAAAGCUCUAUCUUAUUUUAUCACAAAAUCAUAGAAGGCUAUGAAGCCUUUUAUCAUGUAUAAGGUCAAGUAUCAUAAUAAUUAAUAUGGCUGGUCAGCACAUCAUUUUUUACAUUGAUAAUUAGCAUAAUGGAGCAGUAUGAUACAAAUAUGGCCUUAAUAAUUUUGGAACAAAUUAAAUUGUGCGUGCACUCUUUGCAAGCUAAGUAAAAUUACAAAUAUCAAAACAGAGCUUUAAUAUUAAAACACUGCACUAUUUUCUUUUUGAACAACAUUGAA